UUCUCCAUCACUGCGCCAUCACUCUGUCGCUCGUUCGUUCGCCCUCGCCCUCGCCCCCGCGCAUCAUUGCGCCAUCACUCUCUCGCUCGCGCCGGUCGCCCAACGCCACCGAACGCCAUUAUGGCGGGGGGAUACUAGUAGGGAGGCGGAGGUGGUACGCUUGCGGAGGGAGGGGUGUACGUGUUCGGUACGUGCGCUUCAGUGUGCGGGUCGCCGAUGGGGUGCAAGGGGUCCAAGCUGGAGGACCAGGAGGCCGUGGCGCUCUGCCGCGGCCGCGCCGAGCUGCUGGCCGCCGCGGUGCGCCACCGCUACGCGCUCGCCGACGCGCACGGGGCGCUCACGGACUCGCUCCAGUCGAUGGCCGCGCCGCUGCACCGCCUCCUGCUCCUCCAGGCCUCCUCGCCGCCGCUCACGCUGCCUACAGCGCGCAAGGGUGGCAUGCGGGCCGCCCCCGCCGCCGCCUCGUCGUCGUCUGUUCCUCACGGCCGUUCGGCGCACCUCGAUGACCUCGGGUCGCCGUCCGGAUCCGAGUCCGCUUCGCCGGCGGACUCUCCCCUCCGCGCCGUCCCUGAGCAGCUCCCCUACUCGCAUUACGCGUACGGGUACACGCCCGGGCCGGCGUUCGCGUACCCGCCGCCUCCGGAGAGCUCCCUGCAGUUCUACUACGCGCGCAGCCGCCCGCCGCCGCCGUCGGUCGGCGUUGCGCAGCGCGCGCCGGUGUCGACGGAGCGCGUGUACUACGGCUCGUUCGACCCGACGAGCGGUUACCCGCAGUAUUACGCCCACGGCGGCGUGCCGGCCACAGCUGCGCCGCAGCGGGUGGCGGCGCCUCCACAUUCGCCGCCAAGGGAGAGCUCCUGGGCCUUCUUGGACGUGUUUGCCAACUACGAGCCGUACGACAGCUACUACUACGACUCCACAGCCGCGGCCUCUGCCGCGACGUACACGCCAAGCAGGAGCUCGCGGGAGGUGCGGGAGGAGGAGGGCAUCCCGGAGCUGGAGGAGGACGAGGACGACUGCGUGUUCAAGGAGGUGGCCAGCGGGUACUCGGCUGGGAGCGGCGGACACCGCAGCCGGCGCAGCUCGAUUGGUAGCCUGAGCAGCGUCGCCGAGCAGGAGAACACCGUCGUUGAUAAGGACGUCGUAGCUAGCACCAGUGAGAUAUACCGGAGGCCACUGGCACACCGGAAUGUCGCCAUGCGCGCACCGGCACCGCCUGCGCAGAGGGUGGUCGGCAACAACUGCAAUGUGGAUGUUGCCGGGGAGAUCAAGGCCCAGCUUGUUCGGGCAGCAGAAGCGGCAAGGGAGCUCGCGCCGUUGCUGGAGGUCGGGAAGCCGAGCUACCACGAACACAACCAUGCUUCAUCACGGUUGAUGUCGUCAAUCCCUGUGCCUAACUUGGGGUGCAAAGGCGUGGACUUUGUGGACAUUAGAGGAGAAGGGGUAAUGGUGGACUCGAGGAGCCUAUCCUUGACACUGGAGAAGCUCUAUUUCUGGGAGAGGAAACUGUAUGGUGAGGUCAAGGCUGAGGAGAAAAUGCGUUUACUUCUUGCCAAGAACUCUAAACGACUUAAAUUAUUGGAUCAAAGGGGUGCUGAAGCUCAUAAGAUUGACGCAACACGGAAUUUGCUGAGGAAAUUGUCAACGAAGAUAAAAAUAGCCGUGCGUGUUAUUGCCAAGGUUUCAAGAAAGAUAAACAAAGUGCGGGAUGAGGAAUUAGGGCCACAAGUUAAUGCCUUGAUCCAAGGGUUUGUAAAAAUGUGGCAAUAUAAGCUACACUCUUAUCACACUCAGUUUCAAGUGAUAUCAGAAGCCAAAAUCUUGGUUUCUGUCGUAUCACGUGAGAAUGGGCCUGAUUUGGCAAUGGAGCUUGAACUAGAGCUGGUUAAAUGGAUCAUCAAUUUUUCCUCUUGGGUGAGCGCUCAUAGGAACUUUGUAAAGGCAUUGAAUGGAUGGCUAGCACUCUGUCUUAACUAUGAGACUGGGGAAACAAAUUAUGGAGAACCCCCUUAUUCACCUGGGAGAAUAGGUGCUCCAUUGGUUUUUGUUAUUUGCAACAGGUGGUCUCAAGCUAUGGAUCAGGUUUCUGAAAAGGAUGUUGUUAAUGCCAUGAGAGCUCUUGUGUCUAGUGUACAGCACCUGUGGGAGCAGCAAAACCAUGAAGAGGAUGAACAACGAAUAAUGGCAAUCCGAGAAAGAGAGAGAUGGAUGAAGAUGUUGGAAAAGAGGACACUAGAGAUUAAGAAGGAAGCUGAUGAAUUGAACAAGAAACUGGCCCUAGUAAUGAGACGGCAGAGUUUGCAUCAGCGUCCAACAAUGCAAACAUACGAGGCCCAUUGUGUUGAAGCAAGCAGCGUGCAUAUAAAUUUGAGGUUGGUUCUUCAAACUCUGGAGAAUUUUGCUGCCAACUCCCUGCAAGCCUUCCAAGAGAUACAGAGGCGAUCUGACAGCUGAAGAAAUGGUUGUCGAGAAAAAGAUGGCAGGCCGAUGGUCCAACACCUAAAAGAGAAGUUCCAAGUUCAAAUCGGCACACCCAGUUUGAUCAAAUUUUGAAGCCAAUACCUCCUUCGGGUGAGAAUUGGAGAUCUGGAUAAGAAAAACGUGGUUGCUCCUUCAGGUAUUUCAUGGCUGCUGUGCAGUGCGCUAAGAGAUGAAAACCUUCGAUGGACUUUCACAAGAAAGGUGGAGGCUUGGUUGAAAGAAUUAACAUGAGAUUGCCGUUAUAAAUUUCUUGCCAGGGAGUUUUUUUGGUAGGGGCAGACGAUAACCUUUUUCAGGAGACAGAUAUAAUUGACUGUUGUGCCCACAAUGUUCAGGCAAAUGGUUUUAACCUCUGGCAUGGAUGAAGGCAUGAAGCACAUGGAUGCCAAUUGUUACUUGAACAACACCAGAGCACCGAGUGCCAAAGUUUCUAGGCUACAAUAUGGGUUCAACUUGUACUUAAGAUAUGUUUCAUUUUGGUGAUGGGGACAUGUAUAGUGACUAAGAUAUGUCAGCUGAACGUGCAACAGGAAAGCUAGAUGCACGACCUGUACAUAAAUACCACUAUAUUAUGCUGUAUUAGCAAUGAAGUAUCUAGGAUAUUUGCCACUACUACACUAGGCAUUAGUACUUGCUCAUUGCUGUACGUACAGUUCCAAAGUUUUGCGUGGUACAGCAUUUGAAGAUUUGAAGCUGUCAUC